AUGAGUAAAAAGUGGGAAGGAAUAAGGGAAAUACUAGGGCGCAAUAGCAAAAUUAAAAAGAAUAUCAAUGCUGUUCGACAAGAUUCAAAUGCCCAAUUAACAUUUUAUCCCACAAAGAUAUCAAACAUAAUAAACCAUCAUUUCGCUUCUUGUGGUCAACGAUUAGCUGCAAAAAUACCUCAUUCUGAAAAACAUUAUUCAACAUAUCUUCCUGACCAAAUCAUGUACAAUUCCGCCAAUGCUUCCCAACAACAAGGGUCUUUUGCUUUUAUCCCAGUAACAGCUCGAGAUAUUGAACUUGAAAUUAUAACAUUACUUGCCAAAAAGGCUGAAGGCCUGUAUUCGUGCCCUUAUCGAAUCUUAAAAAGUGCCCAACAUGUUAUUAGCAAGCCUUUAGCAGAUAUCUUUAAUUGCUCCAUUGAAACUGGAAUAUAUCCUAGCAAACUUAAAAUUGCAAAAAUUAUACCAAUUUACAAAUCUGAUGACGAAACUGACCCAAAUAAUUAUCGCCCAAUAUCUCUUCUAUCCUCAUUCAAUAAAAUUUUUGAAAAAAUUAUGUAUAAACGCUUACAAAGUUAUCUAGUUAAAAAAGAAUUUUUCUGUGAUUCACAAUAUGGUUUUCGUAAACAACAUUCAACCCAACAUGCUAUUCUUGAUAUUAUUAACAAAAUUCAAGAUAAUAUGGAUAGAAAAAUGUACUCCUGUGGUAUACCUGUAUUUAUUGACCUAAAAAAGGCAUUUGACACGGUUGAUCAUGAUAUUCUGUUGG